UUCCACCCAUUUGCCAGAUGAGGCCACUAAGGCCCAGGGAGCAUGAUGGCCAAUGAGCUCCCCUAUUUCCGGCAGCCGUGACGUGGCUGCCCAUUUCUUGUCCCCGCAGGUUCGGGGCACCCGCCCCCCGCUAGGCCAAGUGGAGGGGGUGUCCCCGCCCAAUGGGCCUGGCCAGGGCCCUGCGCCGCCUGAGCGGCGCCCUGGAGUCGGCGAACAAUCGGGCAGGAGAUGAGGAGCAGGCCGGGCCCGAGUUGUGCCGCAACGGGUGGGCGCCAGCGCAGUCGCCAGUGGGGCGGCGCCGUGGGCGCUUCGUCAAGAAGGACGGGCACUGCAACGUGCGCUUCGUGAACCUGGGCGGCCAGGGCGCGCGCUACCUGAGCGACCUGUUCACCACGUGCGUGGACGUGCGCUGGCGCUGGAUGUGCCUGCUCUUCUCCUGCUCCUUUCUCGCCUCCUGGCUGCUCUUCGGCCUGGCCUUCUGGCUCAUCGCCUCCCUGCACGGCGACCUGGCUGCCCCACCGCCAACCGCCCCCUGCUUCUCGCAGGUGGCUAGCUUCCUGGCCGCCUUCCUCUUCGCGCUGGAGACGCAGACGUCCAUUGGCUACGGCGUGCGCAGCGUCACCGAGGAGUGUCCGGCCGCCGUGGCCGCUGUGGUGCUGCAGUGCAUCGCCGGCUGCGUGCUGGACGCCUUUGUCGUGGGCGCCGUCAUGGCCAAGAUGGCCAAGCCCAAGAAGCGCAACGAGACGCUGAUCUUCAGCGAGAACGCCGUCGUGGCGCUGCGCGACCACCGCCUCUGCCUCAUGUGGCGCGUCGGCAACCUGCGCCGCAGCCACCUCGUCGAGGCCCACGUGCGGGCCCAGCUGCUGCAGCCUCGCGUGACCCCGGAGGGUGAGUACAUACCGCUGGACCACCAGGAUGUGGACGUGGGCUUUGAUGGUGGCACCGAUCGCAUCUUCCUUGUGUCUCCCAUCACCAUCGUGCACGAGAUCGACUCCGCCAGUCCUCUGUAUGAACUAGGGCGCGCCGAGCUGGCCCGGGCUGACUUUGAGCUGGUGGUCAUUCUCGAGGGCAUGGUCGAGGCCACAGCUAUGACCACACAGUGUCGCUCUUCCUACCUCCCUGGUGAGCUGCUCUGGGGACAUCGUUUUGAGCCGGUCCUCUUCCAGCGUGGCUCCCAGUACGAGGUUGACUAUCGCCACUUCCAUCGCACUUACGAGGUCCCAGGGACACCCGUCUGCAGCGCCAGGGAGCUGGACGAACGGGCAGAGCGUGCUUCCCACAGCCCCAAGUCUGGCUUCCCCGGCUCUCUGGCAGCAUUUUGCUAUGAGAAUGAACUUGCUCUGAGUUGCUGCCACGAGGAAGAGGAGGAAGAGGAGGAAGGGGAGGGGGAUGCAGCAGAGGCAGAAGACAGGGCUGCCAGCCCCCAAGUACUCACACCAACCCUAGCGCUGCCCUUGCCCCCAUGAUACAAGCUGGUACCCCCCUAUUUGUACCCCUUUCCCAGAGGUAGCAAGAUGGAGAGAUUGGGCCCUCUCCUGGGAUGAGGGCAGGUGUUUCCUAAGACCAACAGGCCUGCUGGGUAAAUUAUUAGCUGGUGAUGUUCUGCCACAUCUAGUGGACCUACCAAUGAACAUACUGGACCUUCAUUCCUCUGAAUUCUGUGCUCCCUCCUGAGACCCCUUUGUCAGCCCAAUUCCUGAGUCUCCCCAGAGAUAAGGGAUCCAGAAUUCUAGACCACCCAAGAGGCAAGGGCUGGUAUUUCUAGAUUCCUCUAGGUGGCUGGUUUGGUUUGUCGAGAAGGAUCAUGAAAUGAUCGUACAGCCCACCUCCAGGGGAAGAAGUCAUCUGUUCUCAAGCAGCAGCAGAGAUGAAGAAUUUGUUGGUCUGAAUUGACCUAAGAUUCAAGGGACUGUUUCUUCUCGACUCAGCCAACCACACAGCAAAUCAUUUUUUCUGGACGACCUAAGGAGGGAAAGUUAUGGAAUGCCCCAAGAAUUCAAGACUAUAUUGAUUGACCAAUGAC